UCCCGACAACAGAUGGACGUGAACUCGCUCCACUCGGUUGUAACCCGUCGCCAGCACGUUUAGCUGUUUGUCACCUGUUGUGUGUGAAAUCUGGGUCAAGUGUGGGCUUGCAUGUGAAGUGGGUGGUGCUGUAGUCUGCACAGAGGGGACGCUCUCUUCCUGCAGCCACAAUCCUUCCCGACUCUCUGCAGGGAGGUCCGCUCAAGCACAGGACCUCAGACCCGAAGAUGUCGCAGGAGAAAGCCGUCCUCUUCAACUUCUGGGGAGUCGUUGUCCCUUCAGGACCCGAUUCUAUCCUCCACAAACAUGAGGAGUUUCUCAAGCUGCCGAGAGGAUUUCUGUCCAGUGUGGCAUCCCAGAAGGACGGGGCCAUGAGGCAGGCGGAGCGGGGAGCCAUGCCCCUGAGUCAGAUGGUUCCCAGGUUUGAGGAGGAGUGUGUGAAAGAAGCUCGGGCCAGAGGACUGACGCUGCCAUCUGAUUGGUCGGUUGGAGGUCUGCUGGAGGAGUUCAGGAAAGCAAUGAUGGACAUCCGAGACACGGUGCUGAAGACGGCUGCCAAUCUGAGUCAAAACGGGAUUCUGACAGCUGUGCUGGUCAAUCACUGGUUAGAUGACAGCGCUUCUGCAGAUAGCCCGGCCUGGACUCUCUGUCAGCUGGGUGGACAUUUUGACCUGGUUCUGCAGUCCUGCCGCUCGGGUCACAGGGUCCCCGACCCGGCCAUGCUGAGCUCCGCUCUGCAGCCGCUGGGAGUGACGGCAAACCAGGCGCUGUGGGUGGAUGCGGAGGAGGAGGGUGUGAAGGCAGCCGAGGGAUCAGGGAUGAAGGCCUUGCUGGUGGAAAAUCUCCCCGUCGCUCUGGAGAAACUGUCCCUCUUCACCAGGGUUCAGAAAGUUGGAGACGAUAGUCCUCCAGCGUUCUGCGGCUCCGACCACGUGUCUCAUGGAUACGUCACCAUCAGACCUGGCGUGAGGACUCACUAUGUGGAGAUGGGCUCGGGUCCACCGGUGCUGCUGUGCCACGGCUUCCCAGAGAGCUGGUACUCCUGGCGGUACCAGAUCCCGGGCCUGGCUGCAGCAGGGUUCAGGGUGUUGGCUCUGGACAUGAAGGGAUUCGGAGAGUCCACGGCGCCUCCUGAAAUAGAGGAAUAUUCUCAGGAGCAGCUCUCCAAGGAUUUGGUCACCUUCCUGGACAAAAUGGCGAUACCACAGAUCACGCUGGUGGGCCACGACUGGGGUGGCGCUCUGGUGUGGACCAUGGCCCAGUAUCACCCCGAGAGAGUCCGGGCGGUAGCGUCUCUGAACACGCCCCUUUUUCCAGCCGACCCCGCCGUCCCUCCAGAGAAGCUGGCCGCUAAUCCCAUCUUUGACUACCAGCUCUACUUCCAACAGCCAGUGAGUCACUAUUUCACCUCGUGAAUCAAGUAAAGUCUGUAU